AUGUCGUUGGACAUGAACUCUAAUCUUAGACAGCUUAUAAGUUUGGUGGAUAACCUCCGUGACAUAGGACUCCAUAAAUACAUUAAUUUGCCACGGAUAUGUGUCGCUGGUACUCAGAGUAGUGGGAAAAGCAGCGUACUGGAAAGUAUUGUUGGUAUAGACUUUUUGCCUCGUGGCGAUGGCAUUGUUACCAGACGUCCAAUUGAGUUUCGUCUGAAUAGAUUGACAGACAUUGCUGAAGAUGGAACAAAACCCAAACCAUACAUAGUUUUCGAGGGAAACGAUGAAAAAUUUUACGAUUUUGAACGAGCGAGAUCGUAUAUUCAAGAUCUCACAAAUCAGAGAGCUGGAACAAACAAAGGAAUCGUUGAUGAUCCAAUUGUUCUAUCCGUCUAUUCUCCUGAUUGUCCGGAUUUAUCCUUAAUAGAUCUUCCGGGUGUAACAAGAGUUCCAUUGAAAAACAGUGAUCAGACUGACGAUAUUGAAAUGUUAACUAAGGAAAUGAUCAUGAGAUAUGCUAGUGAUCCCAGAACGAUCAUCUUAGCUGUUGUUGCUGCUAACGUUGACAUGUCUACUAGUGACGCUUUGCAACUAGCACGCCGUGCCGAUCCUCAGGGAAUACGUACUUUGGGAGUUAUUACUAAAAUAGACCUCAUGGAUAGAGGGGCAAGUGCGUAUUCAAUGCUUCAAAAUGAUGAGGUACCACUGAGAUUGGGAUACACUGGAGUAAAAAAUAGAUCGCAGCAAGAUAUUGCGGAGGGUGUGACAAUAGAGGAAGCUUUAAAGAGGGAACAUGCAUUCUUUUCUGAGCACAAAAUUUAUCGUAAUUUGAAUCCUUCUCUUUGGGGAGUGGGUUCCUUAGUGAACAAGUUAACCAACGUGUUAUUGAGGCACAUCAGCACAGUAUUACCUGAGCUAAAGGCGGAAAUAUUGAACCGUAUAAAAAUUACAGAAGAUAAACUGAGUCAUUUAGGAACAGGAGCACCUAUUGAUUCCAAAGAACGCUUGGAACUUUUGUGGAUGAUGAUCACAGAGUAUUGUGAUAUGUUUAAUGGUACCAUUAGGGGUAAAUAUGUUGCUGGUUUACAUGAUCUUUUGGACAAGGAUAUAGUCUCGAGUGUACAAAUUCGUACCGUUUAUAAUGAGCUGUUAGAGAAUUUGAUAAAUCAAAAUGUUUUCGAUAAACUUUCCGAUGUGGAAAUAGAUCAGGCAAUAAGAAUCCAUGAAGGUGACAGUCUACCCGGAUUCCCAAGUCCAGACAGCUUUGAAUACCUUAUGCUUCCUCAACUGCAAACUCUAAAAGCGCCAAUUUUCGAGUGUCUGGAUAAAGUAUACCAAACUUUGGAGCUGUUAUCGGUUAGGGUUGCAGAACACAUUUUUGGGAGAUUUCCAGCUCUUUGUGACGUUGUUUUGACUCUAUCUCAGAAAAUAUUCAUGGAAGAAAAGGAAAACACAAAGAUAUGCCUUAGCCGAUAUGUAGAAAGUGAAACGUCUUACAUAUUUACAAAUGAUGCAAAAUAUAUGACUGAAACUACGGAAGACAAAGUUGAACCCCAAAAGAGUGGUUAUUAUAUAGCUGAUAAAGCUUCACAAAUAACCAAUAGCACAGCGAGCGUUAUUUCUGGCACCAUUGAUGCUUUUAAGGGAAGAAAGACACGAUACAAUGCUCAGUUCAUACAAGAGAUUAGGAAAAGACUAAAUUCAUACUUCGCUAUAGUACUGAGGAAUGUAAGGGAUACCGUUCCAAAAGUGAUUGGACAUUUUCUUGUGCGAAAAGUUCAACGUACCAUGCAACACAAAAUUUACACUGAUAUAAACCAGCAAGGGGAUCUAUCCUCACUUUUUGGUGAACCUCCACAUAUUACACAGAACAGAGAAACCUUGAGAGAACAACUGUCUGUACUUACAAGGGCCUUAAAUAUUAUUCAGCGGGAUUUUUCGAAUGUUCACAAAUCUGCUGAAAUCUUUGAUAAAAGCUUUGACAAUGAUCUCAAGAACCUUAGCAUAAACUCACAGAGCCAAGAAUCAUAUCAUAGUCCCAGUAUACAACCAGUUAAUAACAUUUCCUACGGUGGAAAAAACAUGAGUUCGCAACCUUCUAUUGUACAAGGAAGCGCAGUAUAUGGCAACCCCGGUAUGCAAUCUCCAAAAAUCAUGCCAGGAUCAUUCAAUGCUAAUCCAAAUAUUAUCAGGCACAAGAAUCACGAUAUUUCAAAAAGGCUUGUCUCCACCAACCCUCUCUUUGAUUAG